GUGCACGCAAUUGACAAAGACAAAGGUGCCCCCGGAUAGCCUUGACAGGCUGUUGCGGCAAGUGCUAUUGGCGAGAACCCGCGAAAGACCACGCGGCACACGAUGGGAGCGUGGGUGGACAACAACCAUGCCCUUUAGCUCCCGAAUGCUGAUGUUGCCAUACCGGCCCCAGGCUCUCGUGCGACUGCAGGCGAUGCUGCCAAGGCCAGGGAGCCGAGGGCGGUGGUGGGGGCGGGUCGUGCGGGAGGGGUGACCCGGAGUGUCCUCCCUGCGCGUCUUCACGAGGGGACAUUGGGGAACUCUCAGGCCGAGGUUAUCCCGUGCGAGCCCCUUUGCCAUCCCUCUAUUUACGUCCCUCCAUCUGUCUCGCCAGUCUAGUCGCUGUCCGCGCCGAGCCGCGUCUCCGUGCGGAGGGAGAAGAGACUUCAGACUCUCCUCCGCCUCCUCCUCCGCGGGGCCGGCACGAUGGAUCCAGCCGUGACCCCGCUGCCCCCCGCGCCCAUCGCGUGGCGGAACCACAACGGCUCGGUACCGUACACCGAGCCGCCCUUGACCGAGGAAGGCGAGACGGCGAUCGGCGUCUACCUGAUCAGCCUCGGCUGGCUGUCGUGGCUGGGCAACAGCCUCGUCAUCUUCGUCCUCACGCGCCAGUGGAGCUCCCUGCAGCCGCCCGACCUUUUGACCCUCAACCUCGCGCUGUCCGACGCCAGCAUCGCCGUGUUCGGAUACUCGCGCGGCAUCAUCGAGAUCUUCAACGUGUUCCAGGACGACGGCUACAUCAUCAACUCCACGUGGACAUGCCAGGUUGACGGCUUCCUGACGCUGCUGUUCGGCCUGGCGAGCAUCAACACGCUCACCGUCAUCAGCAUCACCCGCUACAUCAAGGGCUGUCGGCCACACCAAGCCCACGAGGUGACGAGGACGAGCAUGGUGGUGUCUCUUGCCCUCGUGUGGGCCGCGUCACUCUUCUGGUCAGCGGCACCUCUCCUGGGCUGGGGCAGCUACACGGACCGCAGGUACGGGACUUGCGAGAUCGACUGGAUGAAGGCCACGUUCUCCACCAUCUACAAGUCCUACAUCAUCUCCAUCUUCAUCUGCUGCUUCUUCCUGCCCAUCUCCACCAUGAUGUUCGCCUACAUCUCCAUCAUCAACACGGUCAAGUCGAGUCACGUGACGGCGCGCAUGGGCGACGUGUCAGAGCGGCAGCGCAACAUGGAGCGAGACAUCACGAGGGUGUCCAUUGUCAUCUGCUGCGCCUUUAUCCUGGCCUGGAGCCCGUACGCCGUCAUCUCCAUGUACUCCGCGUGCGGCCACCGCGUCCCGGCGCUCACGAGCCUCCUCGCGGCCCUCUUCGCGAAGUCGGCGAGCUUCUACAACCCCUUCAUCUACUUCGGCAUGAGCGGAAAGUUCCGCGCAGACGUGCGCGCCAUGCUGCCGUGCCUGGCCACGAGCUCGAAGGCCCCGCGGGACGCGGUGCGCCUCAAGCGCUACCGGACGCACGCCGCUCCCGAGACGGCCUCCUACCAGGCGGCCGUGGCCCCUCGCGAGCAGCCCGCGUCCCGAGCCGCCGCGCCUCGCCCCGAGUCGCCCGCGCCAAGCGCUGCCCGGGACCGCGACCCUGAACUUGACGGGCGCGAGUUUGACCCCGAGGGGCGGGCGUCGUCCCUCGCCGAGGCGGCGGCGGCGGUGGUGGAGAGUCGUGACUCUGGCAUCGCCUGCACUCGGGGAGAGAGGGGGGGCUCUGGCGGUGACGACGUGGAGGUCGGAGACGAUGUGGAAGAGGAGGAGGAGGUGAAGGAGGAGGAGGAGGCAGUGAUGGUGGAGCUGUCACCCCAGCAGCGGGUCGACGGAACGCGGUGGUCUCUGGCUCAGCAAGACGCGGGGUCAGAAGUGGCCUGUCAUGGACCCAUCCCCACUUCGUUCCUAAAGCGCAGUUACCAGCAAGCGGAACCUCGAUCCUGAACCCUGAUAAUAAUAACACCCCCCCCCUCCACCUCAAUCCCCAACUCCCUCAUUGUGUCACCCUCUCACCUCCUUCUUCACCAACUUCCAUUGCACUCCCCCCACCCCAGCCCUCCCGCACGUGACCUCGAGAGAGAGAGAGAAAGGAUGGAU